GAUUGGCUAGAGACUGGCACACACCUCCAUCCCCCCAAUACCAGCCUUCUUCACUCCCUACUUCCAUUCAUUGCACAGAUAGCGGCCUCUGCAGAUGGGGACACUAUGGCAGACACAGAGCUCCCCAAACACCGGGACACUCUGUGCCUGUUUGAUGUGGAUGGGACCUUAACCCCUGCCAGACAGAAGGUAGACCCGGAAGUGGACUGUUUUCUACAGGAUCUGAGACAAAGGGUGAAGAUUGGAGUAGUGGGAGGCUCUGAUUAUGGAAAGAUUGCUGAACAGCUCGGAGAGGGCGAUGAGGUGGUCCAGAAGUUUGAUUACAUAUUUGCUGAGAAUGGAACAGUUCAAUAUAAGGAUGGACAACUCAUUACCAGACAGGCCAUCCAGAACCAUCUUGGUGAAGAGCUGCUUCAAGAACUGAUUAACUUUUGCCUCAUGUACAUUGCACUACUCAAACUCCCCAAAAAACGAGGGACCUUUAUUGAAUUUCGUAAUGGGAUGCUGAAUAUCUCGCCCAUAGGGAGAAGCUGUACUCAAGAAGAAAGGCUUGAAUUCUCAGAGUUAGAUAAAAAGGAGAGAAUAAAAGAGAAGUUUGUGACAGCUCUAAAGAAAGAAUUUGCUGGGAAAGGAUUGCAGUUUACAAGAGGUGGGAUGAUCAGUUUUGACAUUUUCCCGGAAGGCUGGGACAAGCGGUACUGUCUUGAUACUCUAGCUGAGGAGAAGUUUAAUACCAUUCACUUCUUUGGAAAUGAAACUUCACCGGGUGGAAAUGAUUAUGAGAUCUUCACUGACCCACGUACAAUAGGUCACACAGUAGCAUCUCCUCAGGACACUGUACGAAGAUGUAGAGAACUUUUCUUCCCAGAGAGAAACAAUGAAAUCUGAAAUGGUUUCCAAGAACUCCAUUUAGUGAAUGUUGGACCACGGCUUGGCUCCUGAAAAGCCUCAUCCUUAUCAAAGUACUCCUAUUUUUCUGUUAACCAAAAACUAGAUGAUAUGACCAUUAAUGUAAGGAACUCAGGCCAUUCUGUGACAUGCGUUUUAUCAAGAGAACUUUUUUUUUCUUUACAUAGCUACAUUAUUGAUGUUGAAAUCAUGUGGUUGGAUAUUACACGACAACUGAGGUGAAGACGCAGAGUGAAAUCAAAUAGCUUUUUAACUGACAUUUUUGGUUCUCAACCUCUCCCACCCAAAAGAAAAUUCUGAAUUCUUGUGAGAACUGUUUACUUGAAAUAUUGUGAAUUAUUCUUCAUAUGCCAUGAGGUCCAAUGUUCUUUAGCUGUAGGUGUCUUCAAACAUUAAUGUUAGUGUUCUUUGUCAUCGCAAAGUUCAUUGGUCUAGGUGUGCUGUGAAAUCACUAUUCAGAAUCAAGUAUCUAACAGACUUAGUAGCUCAUGUUAUUUCAAUGUGAACACAUUUUUAAAAUUAUAUAGAUAUAUAACAAGCACAACCUGUAGGAGCUGUGCUAAACAAGAGGAACUUCUAGACUGGGGAAUUAUGUUUGAAUACGCCAAUGCAAUAUUUUAUUAUAAUAUAUUCUGAUUUAUGGAUAAAUAUUUUAUGGAGCUAUAUAUAGAUGCAGUGAACACCCAUUUACAUGUACUCUUUGUAAAUGGUUAAAUGACCUCUUUAUAACAUUGGUGUGCAUAAGAGCUGUCCCGAAGUGCACAAUAUAUCAUAUCUUGGAGCAGGCCUCCAGUUAAAAACCACUGCAUGUAUUCAUUCCUUUGAGUUGAGACAUUCAUACACCAUGCCCAUGAUCAUAAAAAUUUGAAACUGAUGGAUGGUAAAGUGAUCACUUUUUCGAUUAAUAGGUUUUGCUGAAAUAUGCACAGUGGGGGUUAGAUAUCUGUGUAAAUUCAGUACAUGCUGCUGUAGCGUUUGGAUAGCGUGGCAAGAAAGAGGAGAUUUUAUUGGUACACACCAGACCCAAUUCUAGCAGAGUAUCAUUGGAGUGCCACCGUAUACUUUAUCAUUCCUGCUGAAUAUGCACAUCCCCUUAUUGCAAAAGUCUACCCUUUCUGCAGUGGACACUUCCAACAUAAAAUGCCAUUUUACAAGGUACACAACGUAAGCUGGUUCCGUUAUCACUAACUUACUCCAAAACAGUUCUGAACCGAAGCCGACCAUCGUAUUUAGGUUGGGAAGAAAUCUGAGAUUCACAGUAUGAACAGGACACAUUCGAUAGAAACUACAGUGUGCUAUUAUGUCGACAUGGACAAAAAUCUCUACUUUGUUAUCAGUGUUAAGGCCUAUGCCAUGUACACUU